AUGGGAUUAUAUUAUAUCGCAUUGUGUCUCGCUUACGUUUUGGUCCAAUGUGAUGGAGACGUGAGAGUUAAUCUAACAGCUGUUGUGGGACGAUCCGUCACUUUUCCAGACUCUAUUCAUGAAGACAUUUACACAAACAGACUUCACUGGAACAAAAGCACUGGACUCUUCACUCUCUCAGAUCUGCAGAAAAAAGAUUCUGGAGUUUAUUCCAUCGACUCCAAAAAAGGGAAUGUGUUUUUCAAAUACUAUGACCUCAAAGUGUUCGAGGAGGUGUCUGGUCCAGUCGUGUCCUGUGUGAACGUGAGCUCUGACAGUGUCACUCUGCAGUGUUCAGUGAAGCACACAGAGCAGACCACACUGAGCUGGUUCAGAGGAGGUCAGUCUGUGGUCAGCAGCAGCUCUGCAGUGCUGCCCCUCACUGUCCAACAGGGGAACUACACCGACCAGUACAAAUGUGUGUCUCAGAACCCUGUGGAUAAUAAGACUGCUACAGUGAAUAUAACAGCCGUCUGCACUGGAAAGAAUGAGUCGAAUCAAUCAGAUGAAAAGAAACGUUCCGUCAUCAUUAUUCCCAUUGUCUCGGGUGUACUCGUCUUCAUCAUCAUCAUCAUCCUGUGUAUUGUGUUCUUUAUAAAGAAGAAGUUCUCUAAACCAGAAUCACCAUCACUCCAAUCUCAAGACUCAGUCCAAUACGCUCAAAUUGACCAUCUCAAAAAAAGGGAUACUCAGAGUGCCAACUCUUCACCUCCUUCAGCAAAUAUUUUACAACGCCCACUGGACACGGUAUAUGACCAAAUCCAGCCUCAUUAA